CUCCAACUUCAAGCUGGUGGCUGCGAGCGCGAAGCUGUACGCCAUCGGCGGCCAGGCCGUGUCCAACGUGGAGUGCUACAGCCCCGAGCAGGACGCCUGGAACUUCGUGGCUCCGCUGCCCAGUCCCCUGGCGGAGUUCUCGGCCUGCGAGUGCAAGGGGAAGAUCUACGUCAUCGGCGGCUACACCACCCGGGACCGCAACAUGGACGUCCUUCAGUACUGCCCCUCCGCCGACCUCUGGACGCGAGUUGAGACCUGCCACGUGCACUUCCGCAAGCAGCAGAUGCUGUCGGUGGAGGACACCAUCUUCCUGGUGGGCGGCUGCCUGCACGAGCCGGGGCCCAGCCGCAGGGGCGGCCCAGACACGCUCACCGUGCGCUCCUACAACACGGCCACGCGCCGCUGGCUCUGCCUCAAGGAGAACACGGCCAAGUCGGGGCUGAACCUGACGUGUGCGCUACACAACGACGGCCUGUACAUCAUGAGCAGGGACGUGACCCUGUCCACCAGCCUGGAGCACCGCGUGUUCCUCAAGUACAACAUCUUCGAGGGCAGCUGGGAGGCCUUCCGGCGCUUCCCCGCCUUCGGGCACAACUUGUUGCUCUCCUCCCUCUACCUGCCCAACCCGGCAGAGACCUGAGCAACAGCGCAGAGACAGCCGGGUCAACGUGAAGGAGGCCAGACCCUUGCCACAGACUCCGGGAGGGAUGGCGCAGCCUGGCAGAGGUCACGUGUGUGGGCUCAGCUGUAAGGAAGCCUCCUCGAACUAAUGACUUGAAAACUCGGGCAAAGAGACCAACACUCUUCCUCCUACCCUGUCCUUCACAUCGUGGGAACAAAAGGUCAUGACAAGCCCCACAGUCCUCAGCCGCCGUGAGAAGGUAGCCAGGGCUGGCGUGGCAGGGCCCUGGCGGCGCUGACAGGCAGCAGUGAUGGCUUUGUUUCGUGUUCUUCCCUUCCGGCUGGGAGUGGAGUCCAGGCCUCGUGCUAGGCCAGUAAAACAGGCUGUUUCUUGAGGUCACCCGAGAUAGCAUCAGUAGAGAUUUUCCUUUUCGUGAUCUUGACAAGCCUUAGCGUCCACCUCCUCACCCCUGCAGCCACGCUCGCCACCCCGUCUCUGAUCAGGCACUUCAUGGUAUGUUUGUGUUCACAGACCCUCACAGUGUGUCCAGCCUCUGACAUUUAGAAAUUACAUUACCAUUUGUAAGGUUUGGGCACGGUUGAGUUAGCUGAAAAGCAACCCAACUCUUGAUGUUUUAAGCAAGUUCCGUAGGUUGUGCUGGCUGCACUCAUUGCUCCCCUGGGCCGCAGCUAUGGUGCCUUACCUGCUCGGGGACAGAGCCAGACAGAGCCCCAGCAGCAGCUGGGCCACCAAAACACGAGGAGAGCGCCUUCUCGGCCGCCUCUCCCAUCCUCUCGCACUUGGGGGUGCUGUGUGGGUGGACCCGGGACCCCAUGAUGUAGGCAGCAGGGCGACACAGGCUGCUGAAGCUGCCCCGUGAGGUCUUUGCUUUCUGACCAUUGCUACAAACAUUUUACAAAUUGAGUCUUAAGUGAGGGAAGCACCAAAUUUAGGAAAUGCCUUUAUGAGUUACUUUUACUGAACGUGUUUGACUUGGUUCUUGUUUCAUGAUUUACAAAACAGAACAAACAACUUCUGCACGUUUAGACGAGGAUAGGCGUGCAGCGUGCUGUGCCUUUCUGUGGGAAGGGUGGCUGCAGCUCCUGUGUGCUAGGAGGCAGGGAAAGCUCUUUCCAGCCUUGGAAUGACCUGUGCUGCCAUUGCUGAGGUCAGAUGGGACUCCAGCCUCACGGCUCUCACGCCAACAGCAGUGAACAGCUCGAGAGAUUUCGUUAAGUCAGUUCCAGUGACUAGAAAUACCUGCCAGGCAGGGCUCGGGGCUCCUUAAAAAGCUCGAGGGCCCACUCCGUGUGCAAGAGCCUUAAUGGCCGGCACAUACAGCGGCAGCAAGCCUGCUCCCUCAGGAGUUCAGUGAAGAGCAUUUGCUACAGCAGCUGCAGUGUGGGGCAGCCAGCACACGGAGCCGACCGCGUGGCGGCGGGCAGAGCCUCUCAGUCACAGCCCUGCAUUUAAGGAGGUCACAGCAGAAGGAAGCGUGCAGGCAGCCCGUCCCCAGCACAGCUGCGCACCUGGUCUCGGGAGAGGAGUCCCGUCAGGGCCCCUGUUAAGCCAGGCCUCUAAGACAUCGGUAGAGCCUAGCUACAGACCUCCAUUUGCACAGCUGUUCAGAGGUUCGUUAGCCUUUAUCUGAGACAUGCUGGCAGUUCUUGGGGUCUUGUCACCAAAUCUACCAGUAGCUGUCCAGCUAGAAACUCGCUUAUAACACUGCUGGACGCUUGGGCCACGUCUGUUUCCAAACAGUCUGUUUCACUCCUUUUUUUUUUUUGGCCGGGUACUGCCUUACAUCCAGGGUAACCCCAAACCCGGGAUUCUCACUCAGCACCCUAAGUGCUGGGAUUGGGGGCCUCCUGCCGCCAUGCUUGCCUUUAGUUAUUAUUUUUAAAAUUGUUUUCCUGGAUUCUUUUCAAAAAACAAAAACUCUGAACUGAGAUCUUCACCAAAGAAUGGUACUUAUAGAUUUAAUUUAUAUUCACUGUAGAAAUGAAUUUUGGGAGCCUGUAAUUUCAUUACCGCGCUUUCAAAUCUAAAUUGUUUGUUGCUGUGGGUCUUCAUUUUCUGCAGCAUAGUUCUGAGUAUUCAGAGGAGACUGGUGGCUGAAUUGGCAGUGCAUGAAGAUGGGCAGUUCUCUUGUGAAAAGCCACAUCUUGAAAGUACAGUACUGUCAACCAGUCCGUUAGUCCUGCUGAUGGCCACCUUUGGCCUAUUUCCUAAUGCCAGCGACUUGGUUCUGGACCAAAUGAAGCUGUAGCAUCGUCACCCACAGAGCGUUUGUCCACCCCAGCCGCACCCUCCCCAGCCCUCCCCAGCCCCAGCCCUCUCCACCCUCCCCAGCCCUCCCCAGCCAGGCCCAACCUGCUGCCUUGUACAGCGCAUGGGUCUGAGGCAUGGCCGCCCGGACUCCAGCAGAACUGUGCCCAUUUGGCUGCCAGCUGGGUUUGAUGACGUCUGCCUGUGCCCUUCACCCGAGUGGGCAUUUGGUUCUGCUGGUGCCGUUUGGAGACUUUGGCUGGGAUGAAGGACCGGAAGCCUCCCCCAGGCAGCUCCCUGUGUGCACCUGCCUUUGUGGUCUCUUCCCCUCCCGUUGCCUCACCAUCCCCAGACGCUUCUGCCGGGUUCCGAGCCCCACUGUGCGGCAGGAAGUGCCUGGCAGGACCCGGGCAGGGGCUGCCUGCCGGAUUCGUGGACUUCGGGCAUGGGCGGUGUGGGCUGAGGGCCUGCUGCCCUGACUCCGGCACCCCCCCUUCAGGACGCUGCUCCCCGCGGCCUGGGAGGGUUCCGGGAUCGCUGAGAAUCCGCAGCCUGGACAGCCUGCGCCCAGACACGCCAGAGAACCUGCACGUCUGGGCCCCGGCAGCAACCUCAGAAGGCCUGAGUCAGCAGGAAACCAAAGAGACUGGGACCGUGCUGUUCUGUUCCUUGUCCCUAAAGCCUCGAACCCAAGCAGCUCGAAAUGCCUUAGGUUCCCACCCACACCGGGUGGGGAAGCGCGUCUCCUGAGGGAGGACAGGAGCAUGUUACCGUUCAGUAAAGCUGUGUGAGAGCGCUAGGGUGUGCUCUGCAGGCCAAAGGGGGGAGAGGAGGGCCUGCUGUCCUCGUCCCCGUCCCGGGAGCGGAGCGGGCCGCCGACCGACGGUUGUCCUGAGCGGGGAGGCUGAGGUGGCGCCGCCCCUCUGUGCCGGGGUUUGCCCUGCCAGCCCGCCAGAGGGAAGGGAGUACCGGCCCCGGCCCGCCUCACGGACAGGCUGGCCUGAAGGGCGACGUGACCCGUCAUCACUGCCAGACGAAGCAGUGAGCCGCAUCCGCUCCGCUCCCCGGGGACAGAGACUGUCAGUGCCACUCAGUGCCGAGCCCGGGGCCCUGGCCGGGCGCUUCCCUGGACGGCACUCGGCACUCGUUUCCGCCAGGGCGCUGGCAGCAGGGCCCCUGGCCGGGCUCGCGGGCUCCGUCUGCCGGGCCUCCUGCGCCGUGGCGCACUCUGCCCACUGCUCCACGCUGUGGAUGCCCCCGGGCCAGUUUGGCCUCGCAUCUGAAUCGUGUCCGUGAUUGAGUUUUUCACUUUUUCACAGGUUUACUGUUUUCUAUGAGCCUUGCGCUUCUCAGUGUGGGAAACAAAAAUGAUGUGCAGACUGUUCUGUUUAGCGUGCAGCGAGCACCGUAGGAGGCAGCGGGAAGGGCUCGGCAGGCGCCAGGCGGCGCUGGCACACGUAGGCCCCUGCUUUAGAACAUUCCCGAGAAGAGCUCAGCGGUGCCCUCGGACACCUUGUCUGCUGGCCGUGCUGAGUUUGCCUUGUGGGUGAUUAUUGAGCCGUUUAGUGCACGCGUUUGCCCUUCACUUUCUUCGGUUGGUUUGGGAACACAGCAGGAGACACAGUGACCGCCAGCUGCCAGUGUGGCGUGGCCGCGUCCACCUGUCCCUGCAGGAAGCAGCGAGGUGUGAAGAGGGACCACGGUGAAGGGCCAGCGCUUUCACCGCCUGUCAGUGGUGACCUGAAGGGAAAUGUGCGUCACCUCAGGGUAGGCGAGCCACUGUCCUGCAGCGCUGGCUUACCUAGCUCUGUUCUUACGGAAAAGGAUAAUCUUCAAGGUGUGCUCUGUCACGACUGACACUUUCUUUGUCUGAAGAUUGUAUUGAGGCUGUAGUUUGGAGUGUGGCAGAAACACACCUGUCAGAGUGUCACAUUGUCACACACCAGUAUUUAAGCGCCUCACACCUGUAAGCCACGGCGCUCCGUCGUUUUGUUUCUUUGGACUGUGAACUGUCUUCAAAUAAAGUAGUUCUCAGCCAGUUUU